AUGGCUUUUGUAGCUAUCUCUUCAUGGCAGAGCCACCCAGACGACUUCGGCUCUAGUUACGGUAUCGAUCGCAGCUUACUCUCAGCUGGACAAGGACCACUCUGGGCCACUGUCUUUCAAGUCACUGGUUUUUUACGGCAUCUUCAGUUCAUACUUCUAUCCACAUCUAUCACCAUAGAGUAUCCAGGCUUUUUUAUCCCAGUAACAAACAAAGUGGCCUGGGCUUCUUUGUUAUUCUGGAAGGGGCCACUCCAUCACGGGCAUUCAUCCCCAGGAAUCGACGGCGGUAUGUACGUGAGCAACGCUACAUACGGGCUCGAUUUCGUCACCGUGACUCUUGGAUACCCGAACAUGCUUAACACACUAUGGAACUCCCUGUUCAACCUUGCUAUGCUUCUUGUUCUGGCUUUCGUUAUCUUCUUAAGCCUCAUUUGGUAUCUAUCGGAACGCCAAACAUCAUCGCCGUCCCUGUCCUCGAUCAUGACAAAAGCGGUGGGAGUAACUGCCAACAUUGCGCUGUGCUUCUUCAGUGUCCCUCUACUAUUAUUCAUGGCUUACGAUCUGGUGCUUGUGGGCUAUCUGCCUAAUUAUAGGAUCGGCUUAGCGGUGCUUAUGAUGCUUAUCAUUAUUGGGGCUAACUCCUUUUUCGCUACUCGAAUUAACAGGCGUUCAAUUCACCAUCCCUUCUUGGCACCCGAGCAACCACAAAUGGACGAUAACGCGAUAACUUACAAACAAGCUUGGGGCUACGUUCGCCGCCAUUUUUCGCACUCCCUCCCAUUUUUUCAGGCUAUCUUUAUAGGUGCCUUGCAGGAUUACCCUAUGGCUCAGAUAUUUGCCCUGGUAAUAACUGAAUGCAUUUCUUCUGUCGAACUGGCCCUUCAAAACGGUCUGCAAUUUUACACCACAACGUCAACAUAUUUCUCAGUUGUGCGGCUUCUUGCAGCACUAUCGAGCUUUGUGUUUAUAUUGUCUGAAAGCCAGGCAAUGAAACAGUGGGCUGGGUACAUUGUGCUGGGCCUACAUGGGGCAGUGAUUCUGCCUGGUUUCGCACUUAGAGCAGUCUAUCAGUUAUUGCCAUGCAUAAGUCGAAGAAAGCUAGGAAAUUCUGACGGUCUCCAGGCCGAUGAGAACGAUCAAGAAUUAGCUAUUAUUCCUGUAAGUUACUAA